UUUAACCGGAUGUUACAUAUUCUGUGGCAAUGCCUCGACAGUGACGUCAAUAGGGGGUACCCCUCUAGGCCCGGUAUAUAUAUCACGUGACUUCCUCCUAUCAGUCCUUUUACUUGCGGUGGCAUCCAUUGAGAGCGAGCAUCCAAGCACUAACGAACCAUGGGAAAGGACAAGAUCCACAUCAAUAUUGUGGUCAUUGGCCACGUAGAUUCUGGCAAGUCUACUACCACUGGCCAUCUUAUUUACAAGUGCGGUGGUAUCGAUGAGAGAACUAUCCAGAAGUUCGAGAAGGAGGCUCAGGAAAUGGGCAAAGGUUCCUUCAAAUAUGCCUGGGUGUUGGACAAACUGAAGGCCGAGCGUGAACGUGGUAUCACCAUUGACAUUGCUCUCUGGAAGUUUGAGACCACCAAAUUCUACAUCACCAUCAUUGAUGCCCCUGGUCAUCGUGAUUUCAUCAAGAACAUGAUCACAGGAACAUCUCAGGCUGAUUGUGCUGUUCUGAUCGUUGCCUCUGGUGUUGGUGAGUUUGAAGCUGGUAUCUCCAAGGAGGGUCAAACCCGAGAACAUGCCCUGCUGGCUUACACCCUUGGUGUGAAGCAACUCAUCAUCGGCGUCAACAAGAUGGACAGCACUGUGCCACCAUACUCGGAGGCACGAUAUGACGAAAUCGUGAAGGAAGUGUCUGGCUACAUCAAGAAGAUUGGAUACAACCCCAAGGCUGUUGCAUUUGUGCCAAUCUCUGGCUUCCAUGGUGACAACAUGCUUGAGCUAUCUGAUAAGAUGAAAUGGUUCAAGGGCUGGGCUGUAGAGAGGAAGGAGGGCAAUGGCAAUGGCAAGACCCUGUUUGAAGCUCUUGACAGCAUCCUCCCCCCACAAAGACCCACAGACAAGGCCCUGCGUCUCCCCCUGCAGGAUGUCUACAAGAUUGGCGGUAUUGGAACUGUGCCUGUUGGACGAGUUGAAACUGGUAUCCUUAAGCCCGGUAUGAUCGUCACCUUUGCCCCAUCUGCACUCACAACUGAGGUGAAGUCCGUUGAAAUGCACCACGAGUCCCUCCCCGAGGCUCUGCCUGGCGACAAUGUUGGCUUCAAUGUGAAGAACGUCUCCGUCAAGGAACUUCGUCGUGGCUUUGUCGCUGGUGACAGCAAGAAUGAUGCUCCCAAGGAGUGUGCUAGCUUCUAUGCUCAGGUUAUCAUCUUGAACCACCCCGGCGAGAUCAAGAAUGGUUAUUCCCCAGUUUUGGACUGCCACACAGCCCAUAUUGCUGUGAAAUUCAGCGAGAUCAAAGAAAAGUGUGAUCGUCGUUCUGGCAAGAAGCUGGAGGAAAACCCCAAAAGUGUCAAGUCUGGUGAUGCAGCUAUGAUUGUCUGCCUUCCCAGCAAGCCCAUGUGUGUGGAGGCUUUCUCCUCAUACCCACCACUGGGACGUUUCGCCGUCCGUGACAUGAAGCAGACAGUUGCUGUUGGUGUCAUCAAGGAGGUCACCAAGAAAGAGGUUACAGGAAAGACCACCAAGGCCGCACAGAAGAAGAAAUGAUUAGCUCGGGAUAAAGACCCGUGGCUCGCCAAGGGCAAAGCAAAUUAUAACAUCGGAACCAUCAGUCUGCUUAUUGUAAUCUGUUCAAUGGAAAUGCUCGCUCAGCUUGUUUUAAUUUCUUGGUCUACAUGGUUGCUACAAUCUAAAUUGCACCGAAAAGAAUUUAGAAGGAAAAGAAUCCUUGGACAUUAAGGACUUAAUUUUAUUGCCACACUUCAAACGAAAAAAAAUAAAAAAUGUCAAAGUAA